UCUGGUAGCAUCUUCACUAUAGUGCACCAUUAAGAGUCUGAUAUUAAAUGUUACCAGACAAACCAUGGCAAGGGUCUGGCUCUUUUCUUGCCUUCUGUUCACCAUGGCUGUGUAUGCACUGACUUUUGAAUUCAAUCUCAUUAAAGUUUUCCCUGAGGUUGGCAGAAUCUCUGGAGUGUCCAUGGUGUCUUACGGGAAUCAAUAUGCCCUGAACGCCUCUCAGGCUAGAGCCAUGUGCCUCUUCCUUAACAUCACAAUAGCGACCAGGGAACAGGUCCAUACUGCUCAACAAAAUGGACUGGAGACAUGCGGAUAUGGCUGGAUAGAUGAACAGAUUGCAGUUAUCCCUCGCAUUGUGCAGAGCAUGAAAUGUGGCAGGAAUAACAUUGGGUUAAUAACAUGGAGAGCACCGAUAAACAAACCCUUUCAUGUGUUUUGUUUCAAUUUAACAGAUUUAGAGAAUCCUUUGGAUAUCACAACACCUAAAGUCCAGACCACAACAAAAACUAUGACCACUACAACAGUCUCAACAUCUGCACCAACUACCACCAAAACUGUGAAAAUCAGGGUCAAGACAACACCUAAAGUUCCAGCACCUAAAUCAACAACACAAGUCUCAAGAUUGGCCCCCACUACCACAACAACGACCACUUACCUGGUCCAGUCAACAACCAGCUUCAUCUCCACCUCUCCUCCUCCCUCCCCAUCCCCCUCGUCCCCCCCUUGUCCCACUUCCCUCUCUCACUUACUUCCCACAUCCUCUCGCUCUCUCCCCAGCUCUUUCUCUCCCUCAUCUCCACCUCUCAUCUCAUUUUUGUCUUUCACCUCUUCCUCCCUCGUUUCCUCUCCUUCUCAAAACACCUCCACAAACCACACCGAGAGCCCUGUCGGAGCAAUAUCUACGGUGCUCCUCAUCAUUCUACUCUCGCUGGCUGCGGCAGUAGCAGUGUGUUACUACAAAACGGGUGUUUUCCCAAUCCAAUUCUGGCGCAGAGGACAGCACAACUUGAAGGAUGACAUAGAGACUGAGAUGUGGAGACACACAGACAGUGAGAUGGAUCUGCAGGACCGACAACAGAGAGAAGGAGGAGAGGAGAAUGGAGACAGGAAGUCCACCAGUGACAUCAUCGUCAGUAAUCCAGAGACCACAAGAAAUGGCCCUUAGUAGCAAUAUACAGCCAUGUUGAGGGGGAUUUACAGUGCUGAAAAGACAUUAGCAAAAUAUAUUGUUGACUAACAGGAACAGCAGAAAUAAGUAUUAGGAACUGUACAAAUAAUAGAGCUCUGCAGAGGUUUUUUUCAGAUAAUGUUUCUGAUAAUUCAAUGUCUUUUUUGUUUUAUAAAUGAUUGUAAACAAUCAAACAAAAAUAUUUUCCUUUGCCUAGAUUCACUGUCAUCUAUUUAUUUCAGUUUCUUUAUUGAUUCAUUUGAUUUGUCUGUCCAACUUGUAUUUUUUUUACAGUUUUAAGUCACAUUUUGUUUUAUGAGUUGCAGCAAAAAAUGAAUGCUACUAAAAUGUUGAUUUAUUGGGUAGGGUCUAGUGCGGUGGUUUCCAACCAGGACUCCUCGGGGUACUUAGCCUAUCCCCAGUAGUUCCCAACCAAGGGUACUAGGACCCCUGGGGGUACUUGGCCUAUCCACAGUGUGUUCUUGAGAGGACUCAAGAGACCAUAGGCUUACUGGUACAAUGCACAUGAGGGGGUACUUCCGAGGAACUCAGGGCUGGUGGUACAGUCAAAAAAAAUGCAGCUGGUGGUACAGUCAGGGGCAUCAUGCACCCCAAAAAUCUGAGGGGGCACAAAGUACGUGAGGGUGGCUGGAGUUGGUUCGCAGAGGCCUAGUUAGAUAAAUGUAGAUUUUUCAAACACCUGAAACAACUUUUUCCUGCAAUCUACAGCCAUAAUCAUUAUGCUCAGUGCUUGACUUGGACUGAAAUAGGUUCUGGUACUCAUUAUUUAUGUACCUUUAUUUAACUAGGCAAGUCAGUUAAGAUAAAUUCCCAAUCUGGCCCUCAAACCAUCGUGGUCACCUAAUAAUCCCCAGUUUACAAUUGGCUCAUUCAUCCCCCUCCUCUCCCCUGUAACUAUUCCCCAGGUUGUUGCUGCAAAUGAGAACGUGUUCUCAGUCAACUUACCUGGUAAAAUAACGGUAAAAUAAAAUAAAUAAAAAGAACAAAUUCUUAUUUACAAUGACAUCCUAGGAACAGUGGGCCUUGUUCAGGGGCAGAAUGACAGAUUUUUACCUUGUAAACUCAGGGAUUUAAUCUAGCAACCUUUUGGUUACUGGCCCAACACUCUAACUACUAGGCUACCUGCCGCCCCAAUUUUCGUUGCAGGUACUUUUGAGCUAAUAUUCUAUAAGAGGAACAGGAGCUCAAGCAGUAGAACAUUUGAGGUGCCGGUGAGCUCCUGCGCUGAUUAUGCUUAAUUCUAUGUAAAAAAAUAUAUAUAUUUACAUUUUUCUGCAUAACUAAGCAUACAUCUUGAGCUUUCUGUAUCCUCCUGACUGGUGGUUCUUUUUUAAAAGAAACUACAUAUGGUUCUCUGCUAAAUUCUGGGUAACAGAAAGGAAUAUGAGUCUUAUUCAGUAUGUUUAGUUAUUGCAUGCUUUUCUAAAGUCUACCAACCUUGCCAUCAGGCAUGCCAGCAUGCCAGGCAUGCCAGCGAAGAUAGUUAGACAAGCUAGUGAAUCUAACUUAAUUGAUAGCUUGAAAUGGCUUCUUGGUAGCUAACAUUAGUUAUAAGGUUGGGAGAUUGGGAAGCUAAAUGGGCUUUCAUAAAAUUGCAAGGUGACUAGUAGUAUUACAGAGAAACAAAACCAAAAAAUUAUAAUUGUAAAUUAUUAUUGUUACAGGACAAAUCUAAGGGGGCAUGUCUCCCUGUGCCCCCUAUGGGCAUGAUGCCUCUGGGUACAGUAACCUAAAAAGGUUGGGAACCACUGGCCUAGAGAAUACGUUUUGGGUUGGUGGAGACUGUUCCCUUACAAAAAAAUAUUGCAGUCAGAGUGCAGUAUAACUACAGUUAGAGUGCAGUAUACUGUAACUGCAGUAUGCUGAAAAUACUGCAGUAAUUUUGCAAGUAAGUACACCGCAGUUAUUCUACAAUUACUGCGUCCAAAAUACCACAGUUGAAUGCAGAUUCUGAACUUUUACUGCAGUUUCAAAAGAGCAAUCGUUUUUUGUAAGGGUUGCGUUUCACUGCCAUCUACUGGCAGGAGAGGCUUCUUUAAUGAGUAAAGCCAGUGUGUCUAUGUAUGAGGAUGACUCAACACUAUACAUGUCAGCUACAACAGCGACUGAAAUGACUGCAACACUUAACUAAGAGCUGCAGUUAGUUUCAGAGUGCGUGGCAAGGAAUAAGUUAGGCCUAAAUAUUUCUAAAACUAAAAGCAUUGUAUUUGGGAAAAAUCAUUCACUAAACCAUAAACCUCAACUACAUAUUGUAAUAAAUCAUGUGGAAAUUGAGCAAGUUGAAGUGACCAAACUGCUUGGAGUAACCCUGGAUUGUAAACUGUCACGGUCAAAACAUAUUAAUACAACAAUAGCUAAGA